AUGCCGUCUCCGAAUAUCCCCUCUGACCAAUUCGACAGCAUUCCCUCGUGCAUCGAGGCUUUCCGCAAUGGCGAAUUCCUCCUCGUCCUCGACGACCCUGGCCGCGAAAACGAGGGCGACCUGAUUAUCGCCGCUCAGGACGUCACUACCGAACAGAUGGGUUGGAUGAUCCGUCAUUCCUCUGGCUACAUCUGCGUGCCCAUGCCCUCCGACCGCGCCGCUGCCCUCGACCUUCCGCCCAUGGUCGCCAACACCCAGGACCCUCGCGGUACCGCCUACACCGUCUCCGUCGACGCCGAACACCCCCUCACCACCACCGGCAUCAGCGCACACGAUCGCGCCCUCUCCUGCCGCACCCUCGCCGACCCAAAGUCCACACCCGCCAACCUGCGCCGUCCGGGCCACGUCCUCCCGCUGCGCUCCGUCUCCGGCGGCGUCCGCGCCCGCAACGGCCACACCGAGGCCGCUACGGAAUUCUGCCGUCUUGCCGGCAAAGAGCCCGUCGCUGCCAUUUGCGAAAUCGUUGAUGAUACCGAGGAAGUGCCCGGCCAGGCCAUUCUGCCCGGCGCCAAGAUGAUGACGGGCGAAGGCUGUAUCCGCUUCGCCCGCAAGUGGAACAUCAAGGUCUGCACCAUUGCCGACCUUAUAACUCACGUCGAAAAGACCGAGGGCAAGCUGCCCAGCAACGGUUCAACCUGA